AUGCAGCCUGCAAACCAGACCGAGUCCCGCGGGAAGGAAGGCGGAGAAAGUCCCUUCAUUCACUGUGGAGGGAGGGUGGAAGUCUCCAGUAGAAACCAGGUCCACGUGCAACCGCCAAUGGCAGCCCGGAGGACGGAGCUUCCCGCGCCACCGUCCGCCCCGGGGAGAGACGACAUGAGGGACAUGUUCAGGGACUCUGUGGGGAAGAGGAGGCACUACCCCUUCCAGGGACAAAACGAGGCUUGUUACGUUUCAUACAAACGUUUCAGGAGGUGGAUCCACUGCCCCAGGAGCGGCACCGAGGCGCCGGCUGUGAGUACACCUCUGACCACUGGGCGGCGCCAGAGGGAGCGGAGCUUCGAGUUGGACACCGUGUGUCAGAGGCUGGAGUUGGACUCUCCACCCGCACACCAUGAAGCAGCACGCGGGGGCCUGCAGGGGGCGCUGCAAGAUUUCUGUUCACAGGGAUGGAUGUGGAGAGCAGCAGUGGAAGAACCGGUCAGCACACAACAGACUGACGCUGAUGUGAGAAGAUGUAGUUUGCAGCCAUUCACAGUUCUUUACAAAGCUCCCGAGAGUCCACAUGGAGGGUCAGUGAUGAAGCUGGCAGCGCCAUCACUUCUGAACGACUACUACACGAAUGUUCUCGACUGCAGUUGUAACGGUACGGUUGCAUUAGCCCUGGGAUCUUCUGUUGUCCUCUGGAAUUCAGAAACCCGAGCUCUGGUGGGAAGUCUGGAGCCGAGGCCGCAAGCGGGACGCCACCAGUCGGUCUCGUCUCUGUGCUGGAGCAGAGACGGCAGAGCUCUGUGCAUUGGGACCAGGCGAGGGGAGGUUGAGCUGUGGGAUGUUGAAAAUAAGCAGAAUGUGAGGCGUCUGCCGUCACACCUUUCUGUGGUCGGAGCCCUUUCCUGGCAGCAGCAGUUACUCAGCAGCGGCUCAGUUCUCGGACGCAUCCAUCACCUUGACCCUCGGGCUCCUGCUCCUCUGGUUGGUGCGGCUGUGCAGGAGGAGGGGAUCUGCAGCCUCCAGUGGUCACCGGGAGACGACUGGCUGGCCAGCGGCUCCACAGACGGCCUCCUCCGUAUCUGGGACCGGGACAUCGCAGGACCCACAAGGACAAAGCAGCCGCUGACGACAAUGAAACAGCCCAGUGCUGUCAAGGCGAUGGGAUGGUGUCCAUGGCAAGAGAAGAUCAUCGCUACAGGUGGAGGAUGGAAAGACGGAGAGCUGAGAAUCUGGGACACACAAUCGGGGACUUGUGUGAAUUCUGCCAACACCAACUCGCAGAUCUGUUCUCUACGAUGGGCUGAAAAGAAGAAGUGUCUGGUCACAGGUCACGGCCUUCCUCAUCACCAAGUCACCUGCUGGAGCUGGGGGUCCGCUUCCCUCCACCCGGUCUGUCAGCUCACAGGUCAUUCUGGUCGAGUUCUGCACUUGGCCUCAAACCCCGACAGUACUCAGAUUUACUCUGCUGCAGCCGACCAGUGCUUCCGCAUCUGGGACCUUUAAUCAUCAGCAUCACAUCACUGAUGGUGACUGUGGUUGGGGAACUGGUCAGACCUGUUUUGCAACUUAUGUUCACACACACACGUUCGCAAACUUUCUUGGUAAUACAACUGUCUGGAGCCUGAACAUUUCCUGUGCCACUUCUCUAAAGUAACCACAUAAGACACCAGAUAAGACAUAAGCUCCUUCAGGGUGAAUUUCUACAAAUCAUUGUGGAUGUUUUUUAUGUAGCAGUUUACUUAAAAUGUUGAGAGAGCAUGAAACAAUAAC